UACGUCACAACGUAGAGCGUAUAUGCAGCGCUGCAAUUUAAGCAGGAACGUGUUAAUGCUUCGUAAAUUUACGGUUAUGUGAUAGUUAUCUGGCAAUGUAGCUUCUGUUUAAGACCCAUUUUCCGGCUUUAAAUGACGCAGGACUCCACAGUUAAACUUUUCCAUCUAGUUCCGCGUCUGUUUGACUGAAACUGCGAGGUCACUUUAGGUCAGUAACCUGGGUCAAUAUAAGAUCAGUCAAAACACAUUAUUCCUACUAACCAUGGGUCACAACAGAGAGACUGACUCCGAGCCUCGGGUGUACGGUUACACCAGGACAGCCUCCGCAGUGCUGACCCACUUCAUCUGUGUUGGCUUCACGGUAUUCAUUGCAGUCCUGUCUCGACCCGGUACAAGUUGGUUUUCCUGGCAUCCUUUCUUCAUGACACUGGCAUUCUCCUUCUUCAUGACAGAAGCCAUACUCCUCUUCUCCCCUCACGGCUCACCCAUCAAAAGAUAUCCACACAAGACCAAAGGUCGUGUUCACUGGAUGCUGCAGUGCCUCUGUGUGUCCUGUGCGGUUCUGGGUCUGGCAGCCAUCUCUUACAACAAACACCUGAAUGGUAAACCUCACUUCACCUCAUGGCACGGUCUGCUGGGCCUGCUCACAGUGUGCGUCGUGGUCGUGCAGUCUUUGGCAGCUGUUCCCCUCAUCUACCACUCUCUAGCUAAAGGCUGGUCUCUGGCCAAACUCAAGCGCUACCAUGCGGCGUCUGGACUUGUCACCUUUGUGCUUGGCAGCGCAAGCCUGCUCCUCGGCCUCUGCUCGGCCUGGUUCACCGCGUCUGUUGGUGAAUACACCUGGUACCUGUCAGCACUCUGCCCUGCUUUCGUCGCCCUCAUCAUAAUGAACCAGGUCAGCAGUGCUUACAUGGCUAAAAAACGCUUACAGUCCUGACGAAGGCUAUGAUAUGGAUAGUUCCACAAAACCAUCACAGAAUACUUUUGUAAAGUCUGCCUGUAGAGAUUUCAUUUUUCCAGUUACGUGCUAUCAUUGCAUGAAAGUCCAAAAGAAGAUGAUCUCUGCAACCUUUCUGAUGGUCUGUCAUUCCAAGAAACAGCGCUGCCAAAUGUGGAUAAUGAAAUACUUGUUUUUUGCUGCCUUUUUUUUUUUUAAACAAUGUACACAUGGCUGUAGAUGUCAUUGAGGACACUGAGGUUACAUCCUGUGUAUGUUUUUUUGAUCAUUUGGGUGGGGUUCAGUGACUUCAGGAGUUUACAUUUUCAUCUGGAUGGAUCUUUUGAGGAACAUGAAUGUUUUUACAAAAAUUUCAUGGGAAUCCAUCCAAUAGUUCUUGAGACAUUUCACUCUGAAUCAUAAAUGUUAACCUCAUGGUGGCAUAAGAGGAAAAGUCAGUGGAUCACCUGUAGGCUUAAUCGUCAAGGGACCAUGGAUGGAAAUCCGUCCCAUAUUUCUUGAGAUAUUUCAGUUUGGACCAAAGUGAUAGAUAAAUAAAUUUAUUCUAGGGUUUAAAUAUUCUCUACCAGGAUCAUAAACCAGGUAGUGUGGAGAGGGUUUUGAUCAUUUAGAAGGUCAAUAAAUAAAAUGCAAUUUUUUUUUUUUAUGGAAUUAAGCUUUUGGACUCAUCUUGUACUCCACAUCCUGGCCACAGCCCAAACUUUAUUUUGAUUUCUUGAUCUCAGGUUGCUUGUUAUGCUGCCUUUUCAAUAUUGAUGCUGCCUUUGAUGACUGAUUUAGCUGCAUGUUUGAAUAAAUGAGAUAAUAUAUCACGCUUAAGAUAUUGUAAAUUAAAAACAUUUGAUAAGGAUUCA